ACAUCAUAUUGAUUCAAUAAGACUUCUGCAAGGAAUCAUGAUUUGGAGUGGAACAGUUUACCUAAUCUGCAUUUCAUUUAUAACAGUGGAGUCUUGCCAACAAAAUGGAAUGACAUGUGGGAGCGAAUGGAUAAAACAGUUAGAGACCAACCAACAAGGCAAUGUAGUAUCCGGCAGUAAAGAAUCACUUCGACAGGAUGUUUUGAGUUGUGCGAAAGUUCGGAUCAGUUUUGGAAAUUAUUAUGGAGAUACCCAGUUUGCGUACAUCCUUAAUGGCGACGUUUGUGUACAGUCACUUUUUCAUAUAAGCAAGAAUGGUUGGGAUAAACAUCAAACUAAAGCAUAUUGGUGGUUUCUCGUCGUAUGUACCACUGGAAAUGUACACAUGUCUCGGUGGUAUGUUGGAUCGCAUGCUCAACCAUCAACACCAGAAACCAAAGUUAAAUACAGUGCCAGAUGGUUUACAAGACAAAUAAGCUCCGACUCAAAUCCUCAAACUCCCAUUUUCUGCAACUCAGACAGUGGAUCAGCAAGCUGUGGCAAUAUAAAACAUCUAAUAAGAGCUGUUGGUAACGGUGCAGAAAUCCAUGUUUCUCAUGUAAAUGGUAAACAAGGGGCAGCUCUUGAAUUUUCAAAUAUAGCAUAUAAUAAGGCUAAAACAAUAGUAUCUGGAACACAUUUGUGGCAUGUAAGUCAGACAAUUGUCGCAAAUCAUAUAGAAUUCCAGCAGAAUGCGUAUUGGUGGUUUAAUCUAUGUUCAACCGAUGGAACACGUGAUCUUUCAAGAUGGUCUGUUGGUGAACAUACUGACCGAGGACAUUCUAAUGACAGAGUAUCGAUGAAAUGGUUUGCUGAUACAUGUUGGACCUUAGCAUAUAAAAAUGAUAAACAUGGAGAAGCAAUCGAUGGUUCCCUGGAAUUUCUGCGCUCAGCUAUUUUAGUUGGCAAAAGGGUGAGGCUGGUUUACUCAGAUAAUACGUACGGAAUUGAAGCUGAUCAGUUAGUGAUAAGAAACGGUCAUGUUACUGCGCAAGUUCUAGGUCACGUAUCGAAAGCAAAUCUACAGAAAUUUCAGAAUAACGCAUACUGGUAUUGGCAAAAUGUUGCGACAACUGGAAAUGUAGAAACCAUUCGCUACAACGUAGGUUCACACACCAGCCGGGGCAGUUCCAAUGAUAGACAAGCAACAAAGUGGUUUAUUGACUCUAGGCCUUGGGUACACGCGUAUUCCAAUUCAGAAACAGGUACAACUACACAUGGAUCUAAGGCGUCGUUGAUACAGGGUGUUAAAGCUGGGAAGAUGCUCAGAUUCACUAUUAAAUCUCCUAAUCAACCAAACAAUGAUUAUGUUGCUGUCUUUAACGCUGACAAUGCAGACUUAAGUCCUGAUGAAAAUGAUCUUGGUGCACAACAUAUUCAGUCGAUAGGGUUGACAAAAGAUGGACUAUAUAAUGUAGCAUUUGGAUCUAAACCUUUUUGGAAUUUUAUGAUCGCUACGACAGCUGGUAAAGUCGAUGAAACAAGAUGGACUGUUGGUGUGCACCAGAGUCAAGGACACAUCAAUUCUAAUUCAGCUAUUGAUUGGUUUGUUAGUUAAGAUAUACAUGGACUACUUUACUGCAUACUAGUAUGUUGUAUAAAGGAAAUAAUUAACUAAAUAAUGUCAAUUGAUGAUUUUUUUUUUCUAUAUCUUUCUAUAUCAAAAUGCAUUUGGAAACAAACUUUACAGCAGUUUUAUCGUACUACCCCGGUAUAUGUAAUGUAUUGAUUGAAUUAUGUAUAUUCCGACCAAGAUAUGCUUGACUAAAUUUUAUUUACUCUAAAUUUAAAAAAAUCAACAAUUAGCAAUAAAUUGUUUAAUGUCUUAUACAUACGAUAUGUAAAGUAUGCUGUUUGAACACCUCAUCUGCAUUGUCUUUUCGCCAGUUAAUAAAAACGACCGCUUGA